AUGCAGACUCUGCGGUAUCGUCUUUUUCCUCUCUCUAGAGUAGCUAAAGGUUGUAUUGUGCUUAACCACAGAAAUAUUUGUAUUACUGGAUAUUUUUCGUUGAUGGAUCAAUCACUUUCUUCCCUAGCAUUUAAAGGAUCAAUCACAGAAGCAAUUGCUGAAGCGAAACAACAGAAGAAACUCUUUGUCGUCUAUACUUCUGGCGAAAAUCCAGAGUCGAAACUUUUAGAAACAUCCAUCUGGAGCGAUCUGAAUGUUGCGGAGUCAUUGACAAAAUACUGCAUUUUGUUACACAUCUUGGAAGGAAGCUCGGAUGCAACAAACUUUUCGGCAAUAUAUCCACACAAUUCUGUCCCAUGUAUAACUGCUAUUGGAUACAAUGGUGUACGUCUGUGGGAAAAAGAGGGAUUUGUCACUGCUGAUAUUCUUGUUUCCAAUCUUGAGAAGGCAUGGUUAAGUCUUCAUGUUCAGGAGUCGACCGCAGCUUUCUUGACUGCUGCACUUGCUUCUAAGAAACAACAGGCUACUGGGACUUCUGAAACUGCCUCAUUGGAGCAUGAGACUGAUAUUCCAUCAUCAACGGAUAAUCAAGUUCAAUCUCUGCAUGCUGAACAGUUGUCGAAUUCUGUGGAAACAGAUGACAGUAACAGUUGCAAAGAUGCUUCUCAGGAGAUGGAUUCUGAAUGGAUUCUUAAUGGGGAUUCUUCCACAUCUGUAACGGAAAAUAUAUCGCUGAAUCCCUUAGAAGUACAUCCAAAUAACUCUGAAGUUGACCAUUUUAUUCCAGACAAAAAUGUGGACUCCCGUGACCAUCAUUUGGAAGUCAGCAAAGAUGUUUCUCGUGAGAUUUCCAGCAAGGCAAAUGAAGAAGCACAGUUUGAUGUAGAGAAUACUGAACAAGUUGAGAAUGCUGAUGUUUCAGAUUCCGCUGAUGUUUCAGAUUCCUCUGCUGUUCAAUCAAAUGAUGUGUUUUUAAAUGUUAAAUUGCCUGAUGGGUCCAGUUUACAAGUGAAGUUCUCCAGGAUGACCACCUUGAGAACGGUCAAAAAUCAUAUAAAUGAAAAUCAAUCAAACAGCUUUGGCUCUUAUAAUUUAGCAAUUCCAUACCCCCGCAAGCUUUUCAGUGACCAAGAUUUGGACAGCACAUUAUCAGAAUUGGGUCUGACCAAAAGACAAGCAUUAGUAGUGGUUACGAGUAAGGGAAGUAAUUUGCAGUUCAAAGGAGGAUCGUCGUCAUCUUAUCAAACUAACUCUUCCAGUGAUAUUGGUGCUUCAAAUGGUAGCAAUCAAGGGUAUUGGGCAUUGCUGAAAACAGCUUUAUCUUAUGUGAAUCCUCUCUCCUAUCUUGGUGGGGGUGGCUCAUCGAGUCUUGCUCAGGAAUCACAAAGUGGCUCAUGGCAGUAUGGUCCAAACUCCUCAAUUGUGAAUAAUCCAAGGGGUGUUGAUCGACCCUCCACUGAUCAAAAUACGUCUACAGGCAGCAGGAGCAGGCAGCAACCUUUUGGAUUUGGUGGAAACAUCCACACCUUGAAACAUGAGGAUGAUAGUCGAUUCAAUGACAGAAAUGCCUUUUGGAAUGGAAACUCUACACAAUAUGGUGGCGAUGGUGAUGGAAAAUGA